AUGCCCGUCAGCAAGGAGCAGCACGAAGAGGCCAUGGAGAUCGUUCUGCGGAAAGCGCUGGAAGCUCAGGCCACCGCCGAGACAGCUCUCAUGUUGCUGGAACAGGAGAACAGGUUCCAAGCGGACAAAAAUAUCGAACUGCAAGAGCGAUUGGCAGCAGUGACGAAGGAGAAGGAUGAAAAGCAGAGUUCACGAGCAGAAUUUACCUUCGUCGGUGUUGCUUCUGCGUGCAAGAGAACAUCGUUCAGCCUGAAAGGCAAUUCAGAGUUCCAGCAGCGAAUGGAGGCAGAAAUUCAACACCUUGGGGUCGCAGUUUACAGUAUAUCUACUCAACUCGAAUGA